UGAGGUUGUAAAUUCAAACCUGCGCGUGGUAGGUACUUUCACAGGAAUGGGUUGCAGUGCUCUGAAACUCAAUCUGCCUGUAAUUGUCACUAUUUGUUUGAUAAGUGUCAUAUAUGGUGGCAGAGUAAAGCGAAAUGUUGUCGAAUUUGGUGAUAUGGUAGGUGCAGUCACUGGCAGAGACCCAUCGGACUUUUAUGGAUAUGGACAUUACUGUGGCGUGGGUGGUCGUGGCGUAGUUUUAGACCCUAUUGACUCAUGCUGCGCACAACAUGACGACUGUUACGGUGACCAGAAAGUAGCACACUGUGGUAUAUAUUUGCCGAAAUAUUCGUGGUUUCUCAGCGACAUGGGAAUAACUUGUAGUGACGCACCAGAAGAUUUUUGCAGACGCCAUCUUUGUGAAUGCGAUAGGAGAUGCGCUGAAUGCUUUGCAGAAAACAACGAGUUUUACGAACCCUCUUUACUCAGGUCAAUCCAUAAAAUUGCCAACCGACUCUUUCAUAUUCUUGAUCCGGCUUUACAUUUCUUCACGCAUAAGUGACUUUAUGAGGAUCGAACUGUAUACACAAAUGAUUAUUUUUUUGUUUUUUGUUUUUCAAUUUCAAAUACUUUGAUUUUGUUGGCAUUGAAUUUGCUUUCUUGGUAAUAGCUACAUAUCUGUAAAAAAUAUUUAUUUGUUAACGUUUAAAUUAUUAAUGACUGUAUAUUGUUGAGUGUUUUUUUGUAGUGUUUAGUAUUUAUAUUGUUUUUCCUUUAUAAAAGUUCACCGCAAGA